AUGCCGCUAUCGUGCAAGGGGAGGGAAUGGCAACGCCGCACGAGAGGUACCAUCGACGACGCUCUAGGGGGGUACGCCCUCACCAUGAUCGACAGCCUGGACAUGCAUGCCGUGGUCGGGGACGGGGAAGGGUUUCGACAAGCUACGGCGACGUUGCUCCGGGACUUCGAGUCAGGCCUUCUCACGUUCGACCGCGACGUGGUGGUGUCCGUGUUCGAGGCCUCCAUCAGGGUGCUGGGGGGUCUGCUGAGUGCCCACCAGAUCGCCACGGAGCUGGGGCCCAGCGGCAGGCUUGGUCCACCCGGGUGGUACGGCGGCGAGCUCCUCUCGUUGGCGCACGACCUCGGACGGCGGCUGCUGCCCGCGUUCGACACCCCGCUCGGCAUACCGGUGCACCGCGUUAACCUUCGCAAAGGAGUGCCUCGAGGGGAGACUCGAGAUACGUGUUCCGCGGCCGCCGGGACAUUCCUCGUCGAGUUCGGCGCGCUCUCGCGGUUAACGGGCGACCCCUCCUUCGAGGCGGCGGCGCGUCGAGCUGUCGGGGCGCUCUGGGAGCGGCGGAGCCCCCUGGGGCUGGUCGGGGGCGGCGUUAAGGGGUCUACGGGAAAGUGGGAUUCAAGGACCGCGAGCAUCGGCGCCGGGACGGACAGCUUCUACGAGUACCUGGACAAGUCGGCGAGGCUUUUCCGGGACGCGGAGAUGAGGGGGAUGUUUCGGGAGGCGUACGCCGGGGUGGAGGAGAACCUCGUGUGGGAGCGGUGGCACGUAGAGGUAGAUAUGUGGAAGGGGAAGGGAAACCCGUCCAACUACCGGGUCAGCUCGCUGCAGGCGUUCUGGCCGGCCGUCCAGGCCGGCGCGGGGAGCGUGGAGGCGGCGGAGAGGACGUACGACGCGUUGUUCGAGCUCUGGGAGGAGUACGACGCGCUCCCCGACUUUUACGACGUGCUCAACGACAGGCUGCUGCACUACGGCAGAGAUAGCCCACUCAGGCCGGAAUUGGCGGAGAGCACCCUGGCCCUCUACCGGGCGACGGGGUCGGCCAAGUACCUCCGGGCCGGCGAGGACUUGCUGUCGGCGUUGCAGUCCAACAGCAGGGUGGCCUGCGGCUACGCCAGCGUGGGCGACGUGGACAGCUCGAGGCUGGACGACCGCAUGGACAGCUUCUUCAUCGCCGAGACGCUCAAGUACCUCUUCCUUCUCUUCGACAGCUCUCUUCCGGCCAAGAAUCGCAAGUCGAUCUUCUGCACCCCGGAGCAGGAAGACGAGGGCCAUCCGUUCCUGGCGAGCGCUCUGGCCCCGGGCGGGGCGACGACCGCUGCCGCUUCGUGUCUCGGCGACGGCGGCGGCGGCGGCGGCGACGGCGGCGGCUGUGGCGAUAGCGCCGUAGUCGACCUUGGACGGGACGGCGACGGCAAUAUCGGCCGCCACGACCAGGGCGAGCGGACAAGGGUGUGUUCACCGCCAUCGCCAUCGACGUCGUCGUCGCCGUCUCUUGUAGUCCCGUUGAAACUCUCUAGCAACACGCAGAUGACCGAGGGCCUCUUCCAGCGGCUUGUCGACCGCGCAUUUCGAGCUUCGGAUGGCAGCGAGGGGGCACGGGAGUGGAAAAGGGCCGAAACGGCUACGUUGGACGGGACGACGACGACGACAGCAGCAGCAGGGGCGGGAUCAGGCAUGGGAAGGCGCGGGCGAGACGAACACGACCGGAACGGUGGCGGUGGUGAGCUGUCGCGGUUGUCGUCGUUCGACCCGCGGCAUCACUACUCGCGAGCUGUUCGGAGCGAGGGGUUCGUGUCGCGGCCAAAGGGUGCCGAACUCGAUGUCAAGUGCCGCCACACGAGCACGGGUAGGCCCACGUGCGACAUCCACGCCAUCGGUCCCGGGCUUCGAGCGCACAUGACGAGCGCGGUGGGGGAGAAGCUUUGGCCGAAAGCGGUCCUGCGGGUGAUGGACUGGGUCCGCGACACCGUGUUCUCUCAGGAGCAGGGACAACAGCAGCAGCAGCAGCAACUGGAAGAUGACCAAAGCAGCAGCGACGGCAACCUCUCCAAGAACACCCGACUCGAGGCCGCCAUUUACCGGUUGCAUCUGGUCUUGUAGAUGGAUGGCCCCAUCGGCGGCGGCGGCGGCGGCGGGCGGGCUGGCGGAAGUCCUCGCUGAACGGUGGAUUGAUCAUAUGGGCUACAAUGCAUGCAAAUGAACUUUCGACCUCUCGGAAGCAUUGGUCGUCGGUGUGUUGUGUGUCACCUCCCGUGAUAGUUACGUUCGCCAACGGUACAAGACUGCUGUGACCGGGUGUUGUAUCGUGUGUGCUGCCACGCUGGUCUGGUUGAUUUUGAUACCCGUUUGUACAAAAUUUUGCUGUGGUGUUGUUUUCUCCUUUCCUUGUUGGCAAUUGUGUGUUUUUUGUCUCUUGCGAAGGAAACCCCCCUUUUAGGUGUUUUUUUUUUUUGCUCUCCUGUGGCGCAUGUGUUGGUGGUGGUUGGUGUGGCGGGCGGCGAGUGCGUUGCGACAGAAUUCGGAGAAUUGUGCAGUGGACUCGCAUUUUUCUAUCAUGUAUGUAUAUAUACUCAUGGGGUGUAUUCUUCUAUACACUCAUUGGGGGGUAUGCAUAUGAACAUGACCCUUUCGGGUCUUUUGCUGUAUGGCACCACCUGCAGGUUGCGGCAGAGGAGCAGGAGCCGGUGACAAACGUGUUCUCGUUACGAAUGCAAAAGUUAUACACACGUGUUCGUUCCGAUCAGUGCCGGCCAUAGUUUACACAGAGAAUUGUUCUUUCAUCCAUCGCUUGCUGUCUUGUCCGCUUCAUUUGAGUGUUCCCUCUUGCACGUCUUGUCUGCUUCAUUGGGUGUUCCCUCUUGCAUGUCUUGUCUGCUUCAUUGGGUGUUUGUUCCCUCUUGUACGGGAGCGAGAGGCUUGUGCUCGUCGGGUUCCCUGGCAAGGAAGGAAGAUGAUGAAAAGUUGUGAGAAAACGAGGGGGUAAUCAUGGGGAGGGGGGCGGGAAUGGGCACAUUAUUUUCUAAGAGAGGGAGGGAGGGAGCGGGUCGACAAGUGGGAACGAGACCGAUCGUGACGCCUUCGAAGAGAAAAAGGGUUGUCACGAGGACUCAGCGUAGGACGCAGCAGCAGUGAUUUUUGUCCAGGGCGACCGUGAGAGGGACGAUGUAGGGGAAGUAGUGCGGAGCCAUCCAGAGGAGUACAGAUAAAUUAGGUUUCUGGCCUUGUGUUUGGUGCCAUUCAGAGAGAGAGAGGCGAGCAUCAUGGGUAACUGGGAGGCGGGUUGAUGUAUGUGUAGCUGUCAUUUGUCGUGGGUAGUGUCUUCGCGUGUUCUAGACUAGAGGCAACCGUUUCAUGUUUGUCCCUGUUUGGAAGCGAGUGGUAUUGUCUUGGUCGAUUCCUUUGUGACGAUGGGGCGCGAAGAUGAGGGUCCUUCACCAUUGUCGCUCCCCCCCCCCCCUCCUAAUCACGAUUUGUUCUGUCCCCUGUGGUAAUGAAUUGUUCUCGACUCCCAGAGUUGGUGUAAUAGUUGUUUCUGUGGACUUGACUGGUCAUGUGGUACUUGUUAUUUUGCCAGCAGACCGGACUGUACAGUAGUUCAUGCCAAAUGCUGGCACGCCCACGGUGUCGGUUUUUUUUUCCGGGGUUGCCAAGCAACGGUUGUGCGUUUUCUCCUUUCCCCGCGUGCAUCCUUGUGGCCGUCCCUCCUAUUAUUAUAGAUACCGAAGACUGUUUUCUUGUGGCCGCCCCCCUGCUAUUUGUAGAUGCCGAAGACUCUUUCUUUGUGGCUGUCCCCGCUAACAGAUGCCUCCUAACACUGUGUCCUAGUGGUUGUCGGGUUGGCGAGCGUUGUUCUGUGCCUCUCUCUGUUUGCGGGUGGCCCGAGUACGGCCAGAGCCUCAUUUAUUUUUGUUCCUUGUCGUGGGUGUUCGGUGAGCGAUCAAUCGGCCUGGAGGACGCUCGGUGUCACGAGACACAUGCGAACGAAAAUGGAUGCUGGGUGCAACGUGCCGUCCUUUCGCACGCUUUUUUGUCAGAAGUUUUGUUGGUGUUUU